UGAUGAGGGCGUGCCUCCACAAACUGUCAUUAGCAAGCAAACUGCUGUUAUUGCUUGUUGAUUCAUACAUUUUGUGUUGUUUAAAUUCUGAAAUAUUCGAUUAUUUAUGAGUGUUUGAUUGACAAAAUAUCGGUAUUCUUGUUAAGUGUAGUAUAAGAAACGCCACGGGACAAAAAUGGAUGCUUCAAAAGUAAUUGCUAGCCUGAUUUUGGCAUUUGCUUUGUUCAGUACCUGUUCCGCCAUGGAGUGCUACGUGUGCUCGAACCAGACUGGGAACACGGAAAAGUGUCUGAAUACCAUCAAGACGUGCAACCAGGGCGAGGAGGCUUGCCUGACGGAGAUCCGGUGGGGCAGUAUGCCGUACUUUUCGCUCGGAGCGCUGAAGCAGUUCUACGUCUCGAAACGGUGCGCCACCAAGGACGUGUGCGAGAAGACCCGCCGGAAGUAUAUGCCGUACUGUACGCACAUCUGGUACGAGGACUGGGCCUGCUCGGAGUGCUGCCUGGGCGAACGGUGCAACUACUAUGUGAUUAGCGGUGCACCUCCACACACCAUGUCCAUGGUGGCCUUCCUGGGGACAGUGUUUAGCCUUCUGGUGGCUAGAUAUUCGUACAAUAUCUAAAUUUUCGCCAUUCCAUCUUUAGUUAGUUCAACAGAACUAUAUUUUCAUUGAAAGAAAAUGAAAAAGUGUCCGUCCGUUAAAUAGGAAGUGAAGAUAAUCGUAGGCAUGUUAAAUCAGGUUGAACCACGUAAACGUAAGUGCCUUUAGGCGCUGUCCAUAAACUACGUACUCAAAUUUGACAUUCUCAGAACCCCCUCUCCCCCUCGUAGUCUUUCUACCAUACAAAACUUUCGAAAUUUGUAUGAACCGUAGACUUUGGUCAGAACACCCCCCCCCUCUUUCAGAGUCUACGUAGUUUAUGAACAAGUCCUUAUCAAUCAAGUACCGAUCUAAGUGUAAGCUUUUUAUAGCGAAUAGAAUUGUGAAUCUCGACAUUCGAAAUAACAAGUCCGUCCUCAAGGAGCGAGUUUUAUAUAAGUGUAAAUCAAAAACAAUCAUAGAACGCACAUUCCGCGUCGUAAAUGCAUUUUUGUUUUAUGUCAUGACCAUUCCCAUUAAAGUUUAUACGAAGUUGAUUAUUAUAUUGGUACUCUCGUCGUGCUAAAUGCGAUUUUAGUAUUAUUUCUGUAACAAAUCGAAUCUUAUAUGAAAAUAAAGAAAGUAGACAUUCCAAUUAGAUGA